UCCCCUCCUGUCCGUGUGCCCGGCCCCUUCAGUAUGAAAGGAAAAGCCUCGUGCUGGCAGUCACACUACCAGAGCCUCACAGGAGCCUCACUCACACAAAACCACCCCACACACACUGACUCAGGCCUGGACAGGGAGAUACAGUUGGCUGCCAAAUCAUAAUCAGUGUACCUCUGAGUGAGGCCUCCGUUUGCCAAAUCUCUCUGUUUUCCAACACUGACAUGGAGCUCCACAGUCUGCAUAAAACCUUCCACCACGGCCACUUGGGUGAGGAGAAGCACCAGAUGCUGAACCUGAACCGACGCCUGGAGACCUACCUGGGCCGGGUCAAAGUCCUGGAGGAGGAGAACGCGCAGCUUGCAAAAGAGAUUCAAGCCCUGAGACGCAGCAAUCAUGGAGCCUCGACGCAAAGGAUGGGACUGAAGGAAGAGUUGCUGCAGGCGAGACUGGAGGUGGAUGCAGCCUGGAGGGACAGGGUCCACACAGAGAUGGAGGUCUGCAGGGUGGCUGAGGAACUCCAAGCCCUGGACCUGCAGAGGCAGAGGGAGGCUCAGGCCCAGAUGGAGGCCAAGAGGAAGAUGGAGCAAAGCAGGAAGGAGCUGGAGGAGGAACAGAGGGCGCAGAUCUGGCUGAGGGAGAAAGUCAGUCAGCUGGAGGAUGAGAUGAGAUACCUCAUUCAAACCCAUCAGGAGGAUGUAGCCCACUUGGAGGCCACAUUGACCCAUUCCAGAGCCACAAUGCCACCCACAUUGGCUCAAAGGGGCAAUCAGACACCAAAUCUCCUACAGCUGGGGCAGGAAUACUCACAGAGUGCCACCAGGGCAUGGCAGGAGACAGCAGAAACCUACCAAGGGCAGUUAGAUCAGCUAGAGGAGUCGCUUAACCAGGCCAGGAACCGUUUAACCCAAGUGGGUCAGGAGAAGAGCGAGAGCCAGCUGAAGCUCCGAGCCCUGGAGAAGGAGCUCGCCUCAGCUCACAACGUCAGGCUGCAUCUGGAGAAGACCGCAGCCCAACAAGGAGAUGGAUACAGCCAGGAAAUCCAGCAACUCCAGGAGCACUGGGAAGGCCUGCAGGCGGAGAAAGAGGAGCUGGGCCAGGAGAUCGACCAUCUUGUUCUGGAGAACCGAGGCCUGCUGCAGCAGAAGAAGUCUCUGGGCCAGGAGGUAGCAACGUACAGAGCUUUGCUGGACAGAGAAAGCUUCAAGGGAAACAUCUCUUUGUCAAAUCAGCCAAGAAACAUUUACAAAACAGAUGCAGUUUUCAGUCCUCGGGGGGUUCAAAAGAAUUACCAGACCCAGCUGUCCGCUAGCCACAAGACCACUUCCCUCUCAUCUCUCCGUGGCAUGACAGGAAGAGGGCCAACAGCGAUUAAUGCAACACCAAUCUGGAGUAGAAAACCUGUAACCCUCAAUGAAACCCCAAAGAUUUCUGCCAAACCCGCAUAUGAAGAAAAGUCAGCAACAUGGGAAACCCCUUAUCCUAAAAUACUGCAGGACGGAGCCGUUGAAAAUUUCAGACCACAGGAGGUUCAUGAGAAAGUCACCUUUGCGGAGCCUUUAUCACCUCCCAAUGAGCGAGAGGCUGAGACAACAUCAGGGGACAAAGAAGGUGAAGAGGACCGGAACAAUUCUGGUGUUGAACCUCCCGAGGAAAGACCAGUCAUCAGUUAUCAGGUUGAGUCUGGCCUCAGCAGUGAGCCACACGUCAACGAGGAAGUUAGUCAGAACCAGUUUAUGACACCCAACCUUACACCAUACCACGUCAGAAUGACAGAGGAGUCCUGUCGUUUUUCAGAUGAAUCCGAUAAGGAUGUGCCUUAUGAAAUACCCGCAGAAAAAGAAGAUAUGCAAGAGCGGCAUGCUGCAAUCGAUGCAUGGAUGGAAAAAGAGUUCAUAGGCAAAGUAGUAGAGCAUGUGCAAGAGGAAAUGUCAGAUUCUGAAACUGAGGCGGUGAUUGAAGCAAACUUUGAUUCCAGGACGAGUAGUCCAGUGUCUGUAUGUGAGCCUGAAGAAAGCUUGUUCAACAAAGUGACAGACUUCAGCCGAGAUGAAAACAUCCUGAAGGAGGAUGCAGCUGAAAUGAGGCAAGAAAUUAGCUGUUCUAUAGUAGGAACCACUGAGAUGGAUGUUGAGGAUAAGUUGUACCCUGAUGGAGAAGAGAUGGAUACUUGGGAUAGUGUUAUAGAAAGGAAGGUUGAUCUGAAGACAGAUGAAGGCAUAAAAAAGGAAGAAAAAAGACAACAUGCUGAACCAGAGGAUGAUAUAUCAGCAAGAGAAAAAGAGCAUGAAAAGAGAGAAAUUAGGUCUGACUUUGCGACAGAUGUGCAGCAAGACCACAACAUGGCUUCUUCAAUGAUGGACAAGCAAGUAGAUGAUGAUGGACAGCAGGUAGACCAAGAGCAUGCACUGUCUCCUGACAAUGAAGAAGACGAUGAAGAGGAGGAUUCUCAAAAUGUCUCUGUGUCAUGGCGGACCGAGCUGGAGAGUGACAGCUACGCUCAGGACAACACUCUCGCUGACACUCGUCCUCUGAUUCGAUACAAGAGCGACGAGACCGACGCCAACACCCAGGCGUCACACGUGGAUGAGAGCGAGUCUAGUGAAGGUGAACAGGAAAAGAAGAUCGGAGAGAUGGGACUGUUGAGCGAAGGCAAGUCAAAGAGAUUUGGAACUAUGGAAGAUCUGUGUGAAGAAGUCGAAGGGGAAGCGUUGGAUGAAGACUAUGAUCUGGGAUAUACUCACAUUGAGGACAGGGGUGUUGGCCAUGGUAUGACUGUAAGUGAGCAGGCUACGCUGGUGAAUGCAGAAGAAAUUAUCAGAAAAGUCAGUGAGGGACAUUCACAUGAAGAAACUGAAGAACUUACCAAACCCACGGUACACACACAGGUGUGCUACGACGAGGAGUUGGAGACAGACCGACUUGUGGAACAGGAAUUAGAAAACCUAGCCACAGACAGCUACAGUGCUCACUUUGCACAGCAGCAGGUCAGUGAGAGUGAGGAGAUGCUGCAUCUGGAAAUGUCAAAGGCUGGAAUGUCUUCCUGUGCAGAGCCUGAAGAGAGAGUAUACCACCAACUUGCAUCUUCCACUACAACUAUAGAUCAACCUUACGAGAACCAAUAUUCAAGUGAUUUGUCAGUGGUAAUGCCUGAAGCAGACACUCUGGUGGAUGAGAAGGUCCAGCACAAAGAUCAGGAGGUGAUAGACGCUCCAGAGACAAUGGAGGAAGAGGAUGAACACAAUGUGUCCAUGGUGACACAUUCUGAUGUAACAGAAGAUCGCUCUGGCGUUACUGACUUCAUCAGCGGGCCUGAUAUGGAGGAAAUCAGCACCUCAGAGGAUCCGAACUCUGUGUUGCAGGUAACAGCAGAUCAGGAAAACCUGCAGGAUGUGGCUGCCCCCACAGAGGUGAAAGAGGUUGUGGAAGCAUCCAGUGUAUCUCAAGAACAUCUAAUUGAGGAUGUUGCAGACCAUCAGGAGUUUCCAGGAGCUCCGGAAACAGCUGAAUGGGAAGUCCUAGAGAACCCCAGUGAGGACUUUGAAAUCCAAGAUAAGAAUGAAGAUUAUGAAAAAUGUGAUAAUGUGCCUGAAUCAGCUGAAAGUCAUCUCCACGACGCCAGAGGCUCUGAUGAGGGCGUUAUGACACCUAAAGAGGAGCCCCUUGAGAUUUCCCCCGACAGUGCACCUGAUGAAAAUGAGAUCUUUGUGGUGAAGGACUCAACAGAACUAUUGAACACAAACGGCAAAGACAACAGCCUCCAUGGUUUCUUUAGCUCUGGCUUAAAGAGUGACUUCUGGGCGUCCUCCUUGGAGACCGGUGCCACCUAUCAACCAGACGAUGCCUGUAACGAAGCAGCCGAGCAAACCAAUCAGAAUCUAGGGUUUGCCGACAAUUUGGUUUGGGGGAAUUCGGAAAAUGUGGUUAACUGGAACUCCAGGGUGGAUAUUGACUCAUCUAAAGCCGCUAAGAAAGAGCAGGAGCAGAUGCAUUCGGAGGUGAAGCAGGUGUUGUGUAGAAAUGUUGUUGAGGGGGAGUUGGUCCAUUCUGAUGAGUCAGACGCUGAGGGUGGAUCCUGGUCAUCUGGGGAGGAAACGGUAUAAAAAGUAGUUUGCGCUAAACUAAUUUUAGAUGUCAUCAGUGUUAGUCAGAUGAAAAUGACGUUUUCUGCAUAACGCAUUUACUACAAAAACCAAAGUCGUGCCUUAGUGCGCACCUCAGUGUUGCUAACCACUAAUGUGCCAAUUCUAUCUCUAAAGAUACCGAGCACUACUGUUGUUUCCUUAAACUGCAACCCGGUCUCACUCCCAACUCAUCAAAUACUGCCAAUUGGGCAGCGUCGAUUGGGCAGCGCCCCUCGGCAUUGGAAACCGACGUAGCGGCGGUAUUUGACAAGUUGGGAGUGAGAAUGUGUUGUAAACUGACAUAUUAGACUAACCAUUUUUUUGCCUAUCCUAAUCGUUGAAGCUCUUUCAGUGUGCAUGUUAUGUAGGAAGGUUUCUGCAUGAGGGAACGGCAUGAAGACAGAACAAAGAAUGUCAUUUGAAAGUCAAAGCGGUUAUUGAUUGCUGCCUAAUCUGAUUUUACCGACUGAUGGGAAUCAAUGAGACCAGAAGAGGAGAAUUCCUUGUAGAGCUGCUAUUUCACAAUGUAUCACAGAGACUGCUAGUGUUUCUGCUGAUUGGCUCAUCUUUGCAUGUUUUAUGCGUGUAGAAUGAAUGGUUGGUUGUAAAAGGUUUAUGUAAAAGAUAAACACGAUUUGGAUAAAUUUGUUUUUGGUUGGUCUGUAUUAAACAGAUUUUUUUUUUCCAUCUAUAAAGUUUUUGCUGCGGUACAUUCACAGUCCAAAAUAAACAGUAGAUUAAUG